AUGGCAUCAUCCACCAAAUCCUGGGUUCUCAUCCCCAAAGGCAGUCAUUUCUCUCUAGCCAACUUGCCGUUUGGUAUCAUCUCGACAUCCUCGAAAUCAACUCCAAGACCGGCAGUUGCAAUUGGCGAUCAUUGCCUGGACCUCCAGGAGUUCUCGGCAUCAGGGGCUUUCUCGUCGCUCGGAAUCGAUGUAUCGGUAUUCUCCAAACCAACUUUGAAUGACUUUGCAGCAUUAGGCCGGCCGGUUCAUCGCUCGGUGAGAAAAUACCUUCAGGAUGUCUUCGCCGAAAGCACGUCGAAUCCGCAAGCGCUGCGAGACAAUAAGACUUUACAGGAGAAAUGCCUGAUUCCACGCAGCGAGGUCACGAUGCACGUACCCAUGCAUAUCGGAGACUAUACCGACUUUUACGCUGGAAAGAACCAUGCCUUUAACGUUGGUUGUCUCUUCCGAGGACCAGACAACGCCCUGCAGCCAAACUACACACAUUUGCCGGUGGGUUAUCACGGUCGAGCAUCGUCGAUAGUUGUCUCAGGAACGCCGAUCACAAGACCCAAUGGACAGAUCUUGGAGAACCCAGCAGCCACUCCCAAAGUUCCGACCUUCAGCCCUUGUAAGCGGCUUGAUAUUGAGCUAGAGUUAGGAGCUUUCCUCUGCAAAGGAAACAAGAUGGGCACGAACGUCCCAAUCUCAGAAGCGGCAGACUACAUCUUUGGCUUUGUCCUCCUCAACGACUGGUCCGCGCGAGACAUCCAGGCUUGGGAAUAUGUUCCCUUGGGACCUUUUCUCUCCAAGAGCUUUGGCUCCACUAUAAGCCCCUGGAUUGUUCUGACGGAUGCCCUGGAGCCGUUCAGAUGUACUGGCAUUCCAAACGACACGCAGUUGCUACCAUAUCUGCAAGAGAAGGAGGAGAAGAACGUCUACGACAUCAAGUUACAAGUUGAUAUCACGCCCGAGGGGGGCGAGACGACGACCAUCUUGAAGUCGAAUGGACGACAUUUGCUCUUCUCGUUUGCACAGAUGCUCGCUCACCAUUCCAUUGGAGGCUGUCCGAUGGCCGUGGGAGAUAUGUUUGGCUCUGGCACCAUCAGUGGGAGUGAGCCUGGCACUGAAGGCAGUAUGUUGGAGAUUAGUAAAGGUGGAAAGGAAACCAUCGCGCUUAACGGUGGAGGGGAGCGGAAGUUCUUGCAAGACGGCGAUACCGUCACCAUAUAUGGCGUGUGUGGCACCGAGGAGUCUGGCCUGGUCGGCUUCGGUGAAUGCACCGGUCAGAUUCUGCCUGCUCCUAAGAUCUGA